AGUGACGCUGCCUUCCCAAGCCUUUUAUUUCGGAAACGGUCUGAUACCAUCCCUCAUUUGCGAAACUGUACACUUCGUAAAGUAAUUGCUGAUAAUUGUCGCACGCGUCAGUUAUAUUAUCAAAAAUACGAGCUGUACGAGCUGUACGGUAACUAGUUUAUGGUUAGAUAACGUAGUCUGCAAGUUUGAGACUGCGGUGAUCCUCGUUAGUCCCGCGCGAAUAAGUCUUGCGUACUUCUUCUGGAUAAUCGACGUUGCAAGAACAUGUUGCGAAAAUACGACGAAAAUGGACGUAGCAUUUUUUGAAGCAUUUUCGGAUAAUUCUUCGCGAUAGCGACGUAUAAGUGGUGCUUUUCGUUUAUCGGCGUUUCAUUGACAAAACAACUUGUGAUUUGCUUCCAAAAAUGUCUGUGACCUUUGCACAACGCGGCAGGCCACCUCCAAAUACUGCUCAAAUACAAAAGAUGCUCGAUGAAAAUAGCCAACUUAUACAAACAAUACAGGAGUAUCAGAAUAAGGGCAAGGCACAGGAAUGUAUACAAUAUCAACAGAUGUUACAUCGUAACUUGGUAUAUCUAGCAACUAUUGCAGAUGCAAACCAAAAUAUUCAAGCUUUAUUACCUCCACCUCAACCUAUUCCCAAUGGUCCUCAGCAUGGCAUGAUGAAUCCUCAAGGGCUUCCAAGUGGUCCAGGAGGUACAGCUGGCCCUGGAGGAGAGAUAACUCCAAAUACACAGCCACCUAUGCCAAUGUCAACCUUUAAUCAAGGCCAACCAAUGGCACAAGGUGGUUAUCGUGGGCCUGUGAUGCCUGGCCAAGGACCUACCAUAAACAGGCCUCCAGCUGCACCUGGUCCACAGCAAUACAGAGGUCCGCAAGGUUAUCCACAGCAGCCUUCUCAACAAGGAUAUCCUGCUCAAUAUACCAAUCAGAAUCCUGGGUCAAAUUAUCAAGGGCCACAAGGAUCUGCAUACACACCUGGUCAGCCAAAUCAGUACGGACCACCAAAUACUUCUCAACAACAAGGAUAUACUGCAGCAACGCAGCCAAAUUAUGGUCCUCCGACUACCGUGAAUAGCUAUGGCCCACAACCGGGUGGUUAUCCACCUCCGGGCACGACGCAGCCACCUUCUGGAUACGGACCACCACCGCCAAAUCAACAAGGCUAUCCUCCGUCUAAUGCUUCACAGCAAAAUUUCUCAUCAGGUAGUCAACAACAACAACAACCGGGACAGUAUGGCAGCCCUAGUCCACAACCAAAUUAUCAACAGCCUCCGUCCCAAGCGCCACCUCAAAACGCGUACGCCGCUGGACAACCUGGAAGUUAUCCCCCUCCCUCCUCUCAGGCGUACGCGAACAAUGUUCCACCACAAAAUUAUCCACCGCCUCCGACAACCAGCGCGACUCAACCCCCUCAACCCGGCUCUCAACAAAAUGCGGGCCCGCAGCCCAACUAUGUUAGCCAACCGAGUCCAGGUCCCGGCGCGACGCAAUAUGGCCCCGCAUCUACAUCUCCGCCAUUUAGCACUUCCUCUGCGAGUGGUGGUAAUACUUACGCCCAAAGCAGUCAGCCGACGAGCACGCCGUCUGCCUCGACACAGACAUAUCCGCCAAGUAGCGGCCCGCCACCAACGUCGCAGGGUGGAAGUUACGCUCCCCCAGUACCGGCUCCCUCUGGCUACCCCGUUCAUCAAACACCUCAUCCGACGUCGCACCCACCACACCCGCCGCCGCAUCAAUCACCUCAUCAACCACCGCACCCCCCGCAUCAGCCACCUCAUCAACCAUCUCAUCAGACAUCUCAUCAGCCAACUUCACAUCAACCGCCCCAUCAACCACCACAACAAUCUCAGCAACAGUCGCAAACAGCUCCGCAGACGCAACAGCAACCAUCUCAGACCUCGGCUCCAAGUGGAUUUCAACCGCCAUCCGGCCCGCCGCAAGGUCCCGCUCCACCUCCGGGCCCUCAACAACAACCCGCAUAUGGACCGACCACGACGCAAACGUAUGUGCCGCCGACACCAGGAGGACAGCCACAGAUUUAUACUCCUCAUCCACCACAAGGAGGUCAACAUUAUGGACAUCCGCAGUAUCCUCCCCAAAGUUAUCCUCCACCGCCAGCAGGACAAGGAUAUCCACAAUAUCCGCCACGACCACCUGGUGGACAUAUGCCUCCCCCGCCUGGGCCACAAGGACCACCUCCACCCAAUCAGUAUGGUGGUUAUGGUUAUCAACCACCUACACAAUAAAGUAUAUUAAUAUAAAUUCUUGCAUUAUUCGUAUUAAUAUAAAUAAUUCACUAAUUUUUCAUUAGUCUUUUUGUGAAAAGAAUUAUUUAAAAAAAGAAAAACUAUCUUGAUUUUUUAUAAAUUAUCUAAAAUCCUGAUGAAAAGUUUAUAGAUGGAAAAUCAUACAAAUUAUUGGAAAUUGCUAUGAAAAAAACUUUGUAAUCUUUAUAGGAUUGUGUUUACAGUUUUUUUGACAGUUUUUAAUAUUAACAUACGUAUUUUAGUGUGUUAAUAUGUAGUAAUACAUAAUAUCGUGUUUUACAUUAUAUACGUAUAUACUAGUUUAAUAGACUCUACUUAAAAAUUGUUUGUUUUUAUAUUACUUACACUAGCUGUAUUGUUAGACCUCGGUGAAGUGAGUAUGCCAAAUAUCUCGAAUGGCUUUUAACUCUUACGACAAAACUCUCGUAAUGCGUAAAAAACAUAUACACAUAAAAAAUCGAUAAUUUAUUAUGUUUUUCUAGAUAAUUUAUUAUCUAAAUUUUUCACCUGACUUAUGUUAUCUAUAUACACAUAAUAUACAUAUUUAUCACAGAUUUAUUAUUAUGCUUGUAAUUUUUCAUAUUUUAUGAUUUACACGUACAGAAAAAGGCUAAUUUUCGAAUUUUAUUUUUACUACGAAUACAUAAAUAUUUUUUUUAGUUUAUAGCUAAAGUUUGAAUAUAUAAAUUGUAGAAUUGUUAUAUAAAUCAUAUACUUUUUGCAUACACAUACACGCUCACGUAUCACCGUCAAAAUAUAAACAUUCAUGACAUUAUGUUAAAAAUUCACUCAACGUGUUAUAAUUUAGCGUAUUAGUUAUUGUGAUCGCGGUCUCCCGUUGGUGAGUUUAUACAUUCACUUAUAAGUGCCAAUUAUGAUCUAAUUCUACGAAUGUUACUUCACCGUUGGAUAAUUAAAAUCCAAUUCACAGAUCGCUAUUUGGACAACAACGAAAGCUACACAAUUUAUUCACUGAUCCAAAGAAUCCGUCGAUGAGAGAUUUAUUCCGUAGUUUACCAUCAGUUUAUCAUCUGGACAUAACGUUCGAUGGGAGACCAUAUACAAACGCCAUCGAUUGUGACUCAAAGUUUAUAAAACAGUUUAAUUAUUGUAUGUAUACAUUAUUGUAUCUGGAUACCAUUUUUCUGAACUUUGUUCUUAGUUAUUUGAUAUUGUAAAUCAUUGGUGAGGAUAUUAUUUAUAUAUGAAAUCUGCGCAUUAAUUAUUGUGGUAAGGCUCUUAUUUGCCAUUCCGUUUCGUGUUGAAUCCACUUUCAUAAGCGCUGUAUUCAACUAUUUACAAAGUUUAUUGUCACUAUGACAAUAGAGCAUAUAAUGCUAUGAUGCUACUGAAGUUGAUAACACAAACGUGAAUGUUUGAUUUAUUUGCAUAUUGUAAUGAAAUUUAACUUCAUAAUCGAUAUAAUACGAAUAUGAAUAUAAAUUUCUCCAUGUUACAUAUUUAUCCUAUAAAUAUUUUUCAAAGGAGAUGUUGAUAAUUGUACAAAUGAUGUAUCUUGUUCGAGCUCUCGACACGUUUUUAGAUUAAAUAAAUGAAAACUUAAAUGGUAUAUAAAAAUAGCGAAAACAGGUUGUACAAGCACAUCGUAAAAAAAAAGAAAAAAGAUUUAUCAAAUAUUAGAAGACUGCCUGUUUUUUUUUUUUUUUUUUUUUUUCAAGUUCGAACUCAUAUCCCCUUUUUAUUUUUGACAUUAGUGAUAGGUACAAAAUCUUAGUGAAGAAAUAUGUAUCUUUAUACAUUUAUGAUACGUAAUACUCGUAUGACAAUGAUAUGGAUCGGUUAAAUCUUCACUGUACUACUACACUGUAGUAAAUUAUAGAAAGACGUUAAACAAACGUGUUAAAUUACAAUUCAUCUCUGAGGUUUAAAUGGCUAAGAUGACAUUGACAGGAAUGACUAGGUUGUGGUACUUCUUCCAUGUUACUCAGUACUUUAACUUUACUCCUUAAGCGUUUACUCCAUUCCUGAAAUGUAAAGAUUAUAUCAUUUGGCGAAUUAUAUCCGAGAAGAAUAUAUAAAAUAGGGCUUUCUCAUACAUGAAAUAAAAUUGUAUAGUAACACAAUAUAUCACGUGGUAAUAAAUUAUCCCUCGCAAAUUG